AUGAAGGCCGUCAUCAUUACUCUCGCUCUUGCAGCGCUCGUAUCCUCACAGUCACUUCCAACCGAGCUUCCAGAUUGUGCUAAAUCCUGCGCACUCCUUCAUUUCACCUCCAAUGGCAGCUCUUUCGCCGAUUGCGAUAGCAAAGACGUCUCCUGUAUAUGCUCCAACGGGGCAUUCGUAAGCAGCAUCUCAUGCUGUAUCUUUAGCAAUUGCAACACCGAAGAUCAGGAAGUGGUCGUCGAAUUCGCACAAAACUUGUGCAGCCAAGUUGUUAUUCCUGGAACACCUGACUUGCCGAGCUCUGCAUCUUGUCCAGCUCCUCCGCCGGAAACGGACACCGAUACUGCUACCGAUGUCCCGACAGCAACUGCGGCACCGACGGCGGUUAAUACGCAGACAUCGAUUCCUGCGAUGACGACUGCUUCUGUUGUGUAUAAAAUAAGAGGAGCUCGGUAUUAA